CAUUUAGACCUCUCCAAUUCUGACAUCUCACUCAACACUCUAUAGAAUCAUGGUUGCAUCUUUUAGUUCCUGUUCACCCAUACCUGCUCUAGUCAUAGUCUUCUCUAUUUACCUAUCCACAUUUGCCGUAGUUGAAGCUGGUGAUAAUGGUGGUUUCAGUGUCAAUAUUAUCCACCGGGAUUCAAUUCUCUCUCCAUUCUAUGACCCAUCGGUGACUCAUUUUGAGCGUUUGCAGAAUGCGAUUCACCGAUCAAUGUCCCGUGCCAAUAGAUUAAAACAGUCCGCAAUCUCCCCAUUAGAAGUUUCGUCGCAGGUUGUACCUGAUAAUAAUGGUUCUUAUCUCAUGAAAAUGUCAUUUGGUACUCCUCCAAUGGAGAUGUUCGCAAUUGCUGAUACAGGUAGUGAUCUUAUUUGGAUUCAAUGCAAGCCUUGCGAAAAAUGUUACAAGCAAAAAGCUCCUCUAUUUGAUCCUAACAAGUCAUCAACCUAUCGAAACUUAUCUUGCAAAUCAAAAGAAUGUGAUCUGCUAGAUAGUGGACAUAGAACAUGUGCACCUAAAACUAAUGAUUGGGGGUACAGCAAUUUUUAUGGGGGCAGAUCAUCCACUAGAGGGUUUCUUGCUAUUGAGACAUUCACAUUGGGUUCCACUAGUGGCAGUUCAGUCGCCUUACCAGAGAAAAUCUUUGGCUGUGGACACAACAACGAGGGCACCUUCGAUGAGCGAGAAAGUGGUCUAGUUGGCCUUGGAGGGGGUCCGCUAUCACUGAUUUCGCAACUGAAAUCAUCUAUUGGUGGCAAGUUCUCCUACUGCUUGGUCCCUUUUGAGAAGGAAAAUGUGACAAGCAAAUUGAAUUUCGGUAGUGAAGCUGUCGUUUUGGGUGACGAUGUCGUCCCCACUCCUUUAGUGAUAAAGGAUCCGGUUACAUUCUAUUAUGUGACCCUCGAAGGAAUUAGUGUCGGAAAUAAGAGAUUGACUUACAAGAGUUCAUCGAAUGUUGCUGCUGAGAAGGGAAACAUCAUCCUUGAUUCAGGUACAACAUUAACAUAUGUCCCAUCUGAUUUCUACCAAAAUCUUGAAUCAGAAGUGAAGAAAUUGAUUCAUGGUAAAAGUUUUGGAUACCCUUUACCCUUGUGCUACAAUGCUAGUACUGAUGUCAAUGUUUCAAUCACUGCCCAUUUUUCCGGUGCCGAUGUCAAGUUGAAACCCCAGAAUACUUUUUUUCGGUUAUCUAAAAAAGUUUUAUGCUUUGCCUUUAUCCCUCAUGUUGAAGAUGAUAUGGGUAUCUUUGGAAACAUAGCCCAAAUGGAUUUCCUUGUUGGCUAUGAUCUGGAAAAAAGGAAGGUCUAUUUCAAGCCAGCUGAUUGCUCCAAGCAUUAG